AUGGCCGCCAAGAGAGCGCUGGUGAUCCUGGCCAAGGGAGCCGAGGAGAUGGAGACCGUCAUCCCCACCGACCUGAUGAGGAGGGCCGGGUUCUCGGUGACAGUUGCCGGUCUGACAGGUAAAGAUCCCGUCCAGUGCAGCCGAGACGUUGUCAUCUGUCCGGACACCAGUCUAGAGGAGGCGCGCAAACAGGGUCCGUAUGACGUUGUGGUCCUUCCUGGAGGGAAUCUGGGGGCUCAGAAUCUGUCCGAGUCUCCCGCAGUGAAGGAAGUCUUGCAGGAACAGGACGCGAAGAAAGGUCUGAUUGCUGCUAUCUGUGCCGGCCCCACCGCCCUCCUGGCACACGGAAUAGCAUAUGGAAAGAAGGUCACCACACACCCCCUGGCCAAGGACAAGAUGAUGAAUGGAGACCACUACCAGUACUCGGAGAACCGCGUGGAGCGGGACGGCCACAUCCUCACCAGCCGUGGCCCCGGCACCAGCUUUGAGUUUGGUUUGGCCAUCAUCGAAUGUUUGGCGGGGAAGGAGACGGCGGAUCAGACAAAGGCUCCUCUGGUCCUCAAGGACUAA